AUGCCAAAGGUCCUUGUUAAAAAUGUGUUACUUAGGGUAGACGAUGUUGUUGUCAUUGGAGCUGCCAGUGAAGCACCCUGCUUUUGCAAGAUACGCGACAUAGUUUCGUUUGAAGGUCAGGUCUUCUUGAAGUGCCAGCUCCAGACCACAACUUCCUAUAUGGAAAAGAGAACUCUUCCAAGUAUGCACUGGUCUUCUGAUAAUCUGCUGCCCCAGUUCUCAUCAGUGGUUCAGCCAUUACUGAAAGGAUUGGAUAUCAGCGAAAAAGACCACCGUCAAUGCUCCAAGCAGCUCCGCCACGAGCUCAUUCAUUUUCUUAACGAGAAUAAACUAAUUCAAGAUGGGAAUUGUGCCAUGCGGCGAUGGAAGUACUUUGCAUUAGGAGAGUCACUCGCAUCAACUUACCCAAACAUGCUCUGGGAGGAGGCCCGAAAAGACAAGAAAGGGCGAACUAAGUCACCGAAGAGUGUGUUCAUGACCAAACUGUCUGAGGCAAGACGGCACAGGGCUCACAGGUGGGCAGCUAGAGAGGCUGCUAAGACUCCUGUGGUUCAGAAUGCAGUUGUGCCACCAGAACUGGAUGCUGAAUCUGCAUCAAACGAGCUGACAGCACUUAGUAAAGCUCUUGGUCCAGCUGGUCCAUUCAACAAAGAAAGGCUGUUUUUGCUGCUGCAUGCCACGCUCGGGGAACGCAAGACCAGUCCUGUGGCUUGUCUGCCGUGCUACUUUCUUAAUGAAGAUAUUAUGACUCUAGAGGCAGAGCUAAGGUUUGGCGACAACGUGGCUAAUCUUUUGCAGAGACUAUCGAAGGUUAAGCAACUGGUAUCUACUAUCUGUAACCGGCAGAUGGACUUUGCCGAGAUCGACGAUUACCUUAGGGGAAGACAUGCUAAAUGUGCACUCAUAACAUUGAGCGACGUCUCCGCUGAGGACACAGCAUCUCCUGGCCCAAGGAUCUUCUGGGGCAUAUCGACAAAAAUCGUCUCUUGUGGAGGGCCUGGCGAAAUCAUCGAGCUAAAUGACGCUACUUUGGAGAAGGCUCUACUCCUUUGCCUAACGGUGUAUUAUGUCAAGGACAUAACAUACCCCUCGGCAUUUGCGCAAACGUUGGGGCUCGUGCAAAGUGCGAUAAGCAAUGGUGAAAAAUUUCCCCGCUGCUGGGCUAACAGCAAGCUCGUAAAGAUUCUCGAGAGCAUGAAGGUUACGUAAAUGUACAUAUGUUUACUGCGGCAAAGUCACUGCAGGUGUUA